UGAAGGCAGCACAUCGGCAGGUUCAGUCGGGCGCAGCUGACGGUCGAAUUCGGUGCUGAGAUAAGUGACAGCGAAUAUCCUGGAGUCCAGCAUGGAGAGCCCUUCAGAGGCAGCAGCAGCUGACUCCUCAGCAGCACGUACCUACUCCCAGGUGGUCUUCACCGACAUCCCUCACUCAUAUCCACCUUCAACCCCCGUCACCUGCCGCUACAGCCACACUGCAGUCUACCAGCCCAACAGCAGGGACUGGGUGGGCAUCUUCAAGGUGGGAUGGAGCACAACAAAGGACUAUCACACCUUUGUGUGGGCGGAGCCUUGUCAGGAUGUGGCAGGACAACAGUCAGUGACUAUGCAAGCUGUUUUUAAGGAGUACUACCUGCCGAAGGACGAGAUCGAGUUCUACCAGUUCUGCUACGUCGACAGCUCUGGUCAGGUGCGAGGAGCGAGCACUCCCUUCUGUUUCAAAACCCCAGAAGAGCAAAGCAUGGACAGCAGUCAGGAGGACGACUUCCUCAUUAUUACAACACAGGUGGAACAGAGCAACCGUCAGAAGGCUGAACUGCAGAAAGAGUUGGAUCAGAUGAGGGAGGAAAAUGAAAGCUUAAAGAGUGCUCUACAGAAGGAACAGGAGCAAGCUGCCAUCCUGAAGGGGCAGAAUGAGCAGAAAGAGAGAGAAAGGAGUCAGGUGGUCAGAGACCUGGAUCAAAUCAAGGAAGAAAAUGGAAACUUAAAAAGCACCUUACAGCAGCAACGUCAGGAAAUGGACAAUUUAAAGGAGGAGAUGUUGGUCCAAGCGACAAAGCAGCUGGAGAUUCAGCAACAGAACGAAACUGAGCUGAGAAAACUGAGUCAGAGCUUGAGUUUCGAUAGAGCGUCAAGUCAAAAUGAGACACACGCUCAGGAGAAAUACGAUCGAGCUGUGAUGAAGAUAAACCAGCUGAAAGAGGAGCACAAGGAGCUGAAAGAGAAGAUUGACAUUCAGAGCGAGGAGAUUUCCAAGCUGAACUCCAAACUCAGAGAAGGAGAACGGGAACUGGUUAAAACAAAAGACAGCAUCCAGAUUCUGGAGGUUGAUCUUCAGAGCAGCAAGAAGGAGAAUGAGAGGCUCUCUGCGGAGCUGCAAAGGCUGCAAGGCGUCGCACACAACAUGGACAAAGUGAGGCAAGAGAACCAGGACUUAUACAGGAGGCUGUCGCAGCAGGAGACACCACAGGACACCGCAGAACCAGAUGAUGAGCUGAAGGUGCUGUGUCAGACUCUUGCCAGACAACUACAGGACGCUGAGGGAAAGUUGGAGUCUGAGAAGGAGGAGUCCAGAAACGCCAAGAGACGAGCCGAGCAUCUGGAGAGCGAGCAGGGGGAAAUCAAGAAGCAGCUGGAGACUGUGUGCUCAUUAAGCGAUCAGGAGCAACGGAAAAGUAACAAAUAUGAGCUGCAGCUCAGAGAGGCACUGGAAGCGAUCGCAGAUAAAGAGAGCAUCAUCGAGAAGCAGGAACACAUGAUGAGGCUUGAGAUACAGGAGAAAGAAGAGCUCACCAGAGAAAACGAGAAACUGGUGAAUGAUCUCGAGGGCCUGCGCAGAGUUUACUCUGACCUCCACUCAGCUCCCCCCGCCGACUCGCCACACAUGCAGCCUGAUGUCGCCUCGCCAGCUGAGGACGCUUCACUCGGCCCUGUGUGGCAGCAGGACACACCGGAUCAGUCCGACGACCUGUAUCAGCCCAUAGGGAUUGCAGAACAAGUGGAAGAGCAGUCGCUGGUGUGUUGUCACUGCCAGGAGAGAUUCCCUGGCAUCACCCAAAACGAACUAGAGCUGCAUGAGCAGAGUCACAGAGUGUGUCCGUUCUGUACGAUGAUCUGCGACUACAUGGAGCAGUCCGUCUUUGAAGAUCACGUCUACAGCCACGAGGUGUGAGAGCUGCACUGGGCCAAAAAUGGGGUUGAAUGCGAAAGUCCUACAAGUUAGGUGGUCUUAUUUAAAGGACUACAGUGAUGUUUUUGCAUGUUUAUACUCAUUUACUGCAAAUUACACUUCACUUUAAUGCUGCUUUAAUUUUGACAAUUCCUUUUCAAAUUUCUAGUGCAAUACUAAAUUUCAGGAGUUAUUUUAACGUGAACUUUGAAAAGCUGACCUUCUGACAGAGAUGUGAAACCUGCCUGAGUUAUAUAAUCCACCACACUGAACAUUAGGUCCUCAUUUAUUUAGGGCCGGUAUGAUCCCUCCAGAGUUUCUGUACUGAUCCCCAAAAAAUACAAAACCCUCAUUUUCAUUUAACAAGGGAGGUCAAACUUUAAAAAUGUAGUUUAAACCCAAGUAGACACAUUUUACCUAAAUAAAAACUGGCAAAAGUCAAAUAAAUUCACAUAUUAAGUAAGUGUUCACAAAUUUUCUUUCUAUAAAAUCACUUAAUAAUCCAUUUGGUGUGUGUGCGUGUGCAACUGUUGACAACAAUUUAAUAAAAAGAUGCAAGAAAAAAUCUGGUAAUGCUUUAACAGACUUCAGCUUAUGGCUGGUAGCUCUCUAAAGAAUUAAUGAAUAAGUAGUACCAGUGUUUGACACAGAAAUAGUGCAAACAUAAAAGCAGGUAUGAAACUCACCGUUUCAAGUUAAACAAGGUUCACAUCUAUGAAAGCUCAUUUUACUGUGGCACUGAAAUUAAUGACCCUAGUAAGCAGCUGUCUGGAGGGUAGAAAAACAUAAAACCUAAAAGUUUUGAAAAUUAUUAGUUGUAAAUGGGCAAAAGCAUGCUUAAAAAAAUGAUGUGGUCCUUUAAGUAAAUGAAGUUAUAAUUCAAAAUCAAGCACAGCACAGGAUAUAUUAACCACAGCUAUUACAGUUUAGCUUUGCACUUAUCUCUAAGAGGACAGUCUUAUCUAUUGUAAUCAGAUCUACUGAUUCAAGUGUUUAUUUAAUCUGUAUGUGUCAGGAUGAAUUGUCGAUGUUGUUGAAGAGAGUGAGCAAGGUAACAAGUGAAUUCAUGUCAAUGAUCAGAUCAACUGUUCAGUGUAUGUAAAUGGUCCUGGUGAUAAAAUAAUAAAGAUGGGUUCAACUGA